AAAACCUCCGAAAUGGCUAGGGUUUUGCCCACCGAAGAUUGCGCCCCCGCUCUAAUGGCGGUCUCCUCUAAAUCGACGAGUCUCAAAGCUUUAACGGCCAGCUGAGAAGUCCGAGUUCCUGUUGAAUCCGAGGUAAGCACACGAACUUAGAUCGAUAGAUUGGUUUGAGAGAAAUCGAGAUUGCUGAUUUAAUUGUGUAGAAAAGCUAGAUAUGGAUUCAAUUUGCUGUUAGAAUCUUUCUCCCUUCGUGUGCCCUCUGCUUCUAGUCAUGAUAAGCCUCCGAUUUCUUCAAUGUAUCGGUGCUUCUAAAAUGGUGACCCAAGCGAGCAGUGCUAUGAUUUUUCCAGCUGUUUCUGGGGAAGUUUUUGGUUUUCAGAAUUGCCCACCCCCCCUGUUGCAGAAAAAUCGAAAUUUCCACAGUAUUUCAGGCACCCCAGCUGCGUCUCUCUAUAUCCAGAAACACCCAUUGUUUCACUCACAGAAAAGCCCUUUUCUUUUGGAUUCACGAGCUGAAUUUCAGAGCAUAGGAUUGUUUGAUUUUGGAAGAAGGUGGAAUAGUUGCAGUAUUUUGCCUGCCCACACUCCGAAUGUUUCGAAUGUCAGCAGAUUUUUAAAUCAGCAGUGGAACCGAUCCUUCUCUACUACGCAAGCUGCAUGCGCUGAUGUCCAUGUUACGGUCAUGGAUGGAAAGCCAUUGCCUGAUGGUCACGCUGCAUCCCGAAUCUCUCGAAUGGAUCGAAUUGAUGCCCAAAAUGCUCUCUUUGAAUACCUUCACGGUACCAGGAGCUUGCAUUUCACUGAUGCUGAACACAUGAGCAAAAAUUCCCCAGUAUUUCUCCAGAAUCUGAUUGCAAAAGUUGAGAAUGAGCCUGAUGUCGGACGGUCACUUACAAGGUUUCUUCGCUACCAUCCUAUCAAUGAGUUUGAACCAUUCUUCGAGAGUUUGGGGUUGAAACCAUCGGAGUUGUAUCCCCUUCUUCCCCGGAAUCUAAUGUUUCUUAGUGAUGAUGAUGUCUUGCUUAACAAUUACCAUGGUCUUUGCAAUUAUGGAGUUCCUCGUAGCAAGAUUGGCAAGAUGUACAAGGAAGGGACUGAGAUGUUUAGAUAUGGUUACGGUAUCUUACUAUCAAAGCUUCAAGCUUAUGAGAAACUUGGCCUGACCAAACCCACCAUUAUCAAGUUGGUUACAUGCUGUCCAGAACUCUUAAUUGGUGAUGUAAAUGUUGAAUUUCUUCGAGUUCUUGAGAAAUUGAAAAGUUUAGGGGUUGAGCUGGAUUGGAUCAGAGGAUGUUUAUCAGACAAGAGCAUGUACAAUUGGAGUCGUAUACUUGAAAUGCUGAAUUUUCUUGAUAGAAUGGGCUGUAACAAGAAAAUUUUGGCUAGGCUAAUUAAAGAACACCCCAGAUUUAUUUUUGAUGAUUCUGGAAAGAAGAUUUAUAUACUAGUUGCAAUGUUGUUGAAGUUGGGUCUUAAGAUGAAUGAUAUUUUAACUUUAUUCGUGCAGUACCCUCGAAUUCUGAUUGGAAAUUUCACAAAGAAUUUGUGGAAGUCUGUGCAAUUUUUAGCUGACAUUGGGAUGGAAACAGAGGACAUUGCAAGGAUAGUGGCUUCUCAUGCUCAAGUUUUAGGUUCCUGUUCUUGUAAGAGGCCUAAAGUUGUACUGGGAAGCUUAAAGAUAUCCCCUGAAAAGUUGUGUGAAAUAAUUAAGGAGGAUCCAAGUCAGUUCAGUAAUUUGGCUUCUAGAAAGAAGGUCGGAAUUGUAAAUUUACCUAGAGUGGAUGGAACUUUUCUGCAGGAGAAGACCAAUUUCUUAUUGAAACUUGGGUUUGUUGAGAACUCAGAUGAGAUGGCAAAAGCACUGUGCAAGUUCCGAGGCAGAGGAGACCAACUGCAGGAAAGAUUUGACUGCUUAGUGAAUGCUGGGUUCGACUACCACACAGUUUCAGACAUGAUCAAAUUAGUUCCUUCAAUACUAAAUCAAUCCACAGACAUAAUCGAGAAGAAGAUUGAUUAUCUUCUAAACCAUUUGGAUUAUUCUCUGGAGUCACUUGCGGCUUUUCCGACAUUCCUGUGCUACAAUACGGAUAAGAUAAAGCUGAGGUUUUCAAUGUACAAUUGGCUUAAGGAGCAAGGAGUAGUGAUACCUACCAAAAACAGGAAGAUAAUUAGGUCCACAGUGGCCUUGAGCACCAUUCUUGCAUGCUCUGAUGCACGAUUUGUAAAAUACUUCGUAGAUCUCCAUUCUGAAGGGCCAAAGGUAUGGGAAAGGUUGAAAAGCUCAGUAUCUUCAAGCUGAAGGGUGUCUUUGUCUUUUAAAUGGAAACAUCAUCUUUCAGAAUAUAGUGGAUCUCCUUGAAGCGGAUAUUGCUUGAGUUGUGACUCUUUUAACAUAUGAUUCCUAUGAUAAUUGUCUCCUGUACCGCUCUAUGCCACCUGAUAUGGUGCAUACCGUACCGUACUGGUAUGAAACACACCAUCAAGUUUGUACAAUCCCCAUACUAUCCAUACCGACAUGUACUGAGAUAAACCAAAAUACAUACCAGUCUGUACCGAGACGUAUCAAGAUGAAAAUUGAGAAAAAUAGUUUGAGAGCUAUUUCGGUACAUAGGUAUACCUUACCCUACCAGGUUUAUGGUUGCACAAAUUUCCUCUUCUUAUUAUUCUUCCUCUUCAUUUUGAUAAGGCACCAAGUACCCCUUGUUAUCUCUAUUGGUUGGUUUGCUAUUGCAGAUAUUCAAAGGAAGCCUACUCUUUGUGGAGAGGGCUGUCUUAGUGGCUUGCAGAGACAAUUGCCUAGGUUAAUUCCAGUGUUCUGCUGUCAUGAUGCUUUAAUGGCACUGAAACUAAUCAAGUUUCCAUCAGGGAUCACAUCUCCUAUGGUUAGAGAUUGGCUGGAGAAUUAAACAUAAUGUUGCCUGUUCUGACUGUGUCAUAGCAGACAAUAAUUCAUUUCGUGUUCAACCAUCAACUCUGCAGCUCUUUUUAAGCUGUCGCACUUCAAACCCGGAGACUCAUUUCAUCAACCAACUGAACCUGGUCAUUUUCUUAAGUACCUUCUCCAUUACCUUUCCGAUCCUUAGCCACUUGCCACCUUCUAUCACCUUAAUCGUGGAUGCUCAAAAAUAGAAAAUUUUUCCAUUUUUUUUGUUAAUUGAGAAAAGUGGUAGGUUCUGCUUGUCACGCUUUCAAAUUCUUAUUUCAGAGUUUAUCAUAAUCUUUGUCAUAUUGCAGCUACAAGAGGAUUCUGCAAAUUUAAAAAAUCGUAUUUGCAUUCCACCCACAGAGAGAAAAAAAAAAAAGUUUGCAUCCACUUUAUAGGUUUUCAUGCUUCUUGAAUCAUCUCUCUUUUUACCAGGCCAAACCCCAUGCACUUCCUUCGCGUUCCUGCAGACCUAUUAAUCUAGCACUACAUGAUCCCAACCCAGCACUCAACAACCGCCGAAUACCCAGUCAUGGUAAUUUACGAUGAUUACAUUGUUUUAUCUACAUAUAAACAAGCACUCACAACAGAUCUAUCUUGAUUGAAAUUCCACUUUGAAAAAAUAUGACUAACGAUCUACGUACCUUCUUGCCUUGCUGCAGUAAACCUUUUCCGCCACAAUGCAACAGUCAAGAAACAUUGCACCACAUUGGUUUUUUAUGCUCCAUGGCAACUCUCCGCAGAAGUUUCGAUGCUUCCCAUUUGCAAUUAUGAACACGCUCGCCCUCUCUCAAAAGAAAAAAGAAAUAAGAAAGAAUGCAUUUGGGUUCCAUGACGCCAACAUCAUCAAGCUACUGAACAAUGCAAAGAGUCUACCGAACAUGCUAACCACAAGGCACGUACAUCCCACAUUACAACAACUGGAAAACAAUCUCAAAGACUGGAAUAAACAGAACAUUCUCAUAAUAUUGGAAUAAACAGAUCUACCACUGAAAUUUUAAUUCCAAAAUGCAGAACCUUUACUCUUAUGCAGCUAGAAGCAUAUCUUGUAAUGACCUGGAAGCCGUAACAUUUUAAAGAGGAAAACUAGCAUCAGAAUCAAGAGCCAGGUACCGUUCUUUGAAUAGAUCUUGUCUGUCAAUCCUAAGAGCACCUCUCGAUGGAUUUAAGUCAUUUAAGUCACAAAUAAACAGAACUUCUGUUGAUUAAAGUUGGCAAUCCGGUAGAUUCAAUUUGAUCGCUUUGCAGGGCAGAAAGGCAUGUUCAUAAUAGAGCAACACAAAUAGACACCUUAAAAAAAUAAACCGAUUUAUACUCAGCAGGUACACCCUAGUGUCAUCCAAAAUAAAACUAUUUAGCAAUUCUACCUGUCCCGGAAGCUGGUUGCUUCUGAUAUAGGGGUCAUGAACUACAAGUCAUUGCCAUAAUCUAUAGCCAAUAUAUCUGACACCCAAAAAAAAAA